AUGUACAUAAUAUUGUGUUUUUCAUUUAUUAUUUGUAUUGAUGUGAAAACAACAUCGGGUGUAGUGAGGGGUCGGACACUACAUGUGCUCAACAAUACAGUUAACCAGUUUUUGAAUAUACCAUACGCUGAGCCUCCGAUCGGAAACCUACGGUUCGCACCGCCUGUGCCUCUCAAACAACCCUUAAAUUAUGUUAUCAAUGAUACAAAACGUGGUAAGGCUUGUAUACAAGUGCAGUCAAGAAUAAUGAAGGGAGAAGUAAGUGAAGACUGUUUGGUAUUAAAUAUAUGGACACCAAAUGCGGGCAAUAAUAACACAAACAAAUCACAGCUCAAACCCAUUAUGUUUUGGAUACAUGGUGGAGCUCUAGUAUUUGGGUCAAUGAAUACGUAUAAUGGUAGUUUUCUGGCCGCACACGAUGUGGUUUUUGUUGCCGCUAAUUAUAGAUUAGGACAGUUGGGCUUUCUAUACGGGGAUCGGGAGGACGCGCCCGGAAAUGUGGGCUUUUAUGACCAGUUAUUGGCUCUCAAAUGGGUCAGAGAAAACGCCGAACAGUUUGGCGGAGAUAGGGAUCAGAUGACCAUUUUUGGUGAGAGCGCCGGGAGUUGGUCGGUGUCCGCACACAUACUCUCCCCGCUAUCCAAAGGUUUAUUCAAGAGGGCUAUUAUGCAAAGCGGGUCCGCUAUGUGGGGGAAAGGAAGGGAAACAAUCACAAAAUCUGAAGCACUAGUUAUGGCCAAAAAUAGUGCCAAACAUUUCAAUUGCAGUGAAUCUGAGGAUUGGUUGCAAUGUCUGAGAAGAGUGAAUGCACUCGAGAUUCUCAAAACUCAAUCCAAAGUUAUGUUUCCAGUCUUUGAUACAAUUUUUCUGCCCAUUUCUACCCAAAAGGCAUUUGAAAGCAAAAAAUUAUAUUCAGGUCUGCUAUCACUUGAAAUAGUAAAAGGCAACAAUAUAGACGUAGACGAUUAUGAUCAAUGCAGCAUGGGCGAGCCGUAUAAUUAA